AUGACAAGAUCUCACAUCGUGUAUACAAUCAGAAGAUGGCUGAAAGGCCAACAAGAAGACAAGCAGGACACAGACGUCCACUAUCACUCUCUGACCGGAGAGGGCAAUUUCAACUGGCGCUUCGUUUACCCCUUCGACUACCUACAGGCCGAAGAGAAAAUCGUCAUGUCAAAGAAAGAGUCCAUGUUUUCUUGGGAUGAGACGGAGUAUAAAAUUCCUGCCCGACUGAAUUUGCAAGUGUGGGAUGCGGAUCACUUCUCUGCAGACGACUUCCUGGGUGCAAUUGAACUAGACCUGAAUCGAUUUCCUCGCGGUGCGAAGACAGCGAAGCAGUGCUCCAUUGACAUGGUGAUUAACGAGCAAGACAUGCCCAUGGUCAACAUCUUCAAACAGAAG